CUCCACGUCCGCAUGCAAAUAAGCGAGAGCACCCGAAGGCGUACGUCUGCAAAAUCUGACGUUUCCGUACACCUGCCACGAUGGCUUCUCCGCCGAAUGAUAAAAACACAGCAAAAAACGAGGUUUCCGUAAAUGUAGACAUAACGAAAACAAACAUGCAAACUCCAACUAGCAAAAACAACCAGUUGGGCGAAAUCGCAAUCGAAGCGUCCGAAAUUGUUAGUAGGUUAGAGCAGGUUGCCGAAGGGACAAGCCUGGCCGAUGCGGCCUACAACCAGCCGACGGUGUUCCUGGGCCUGGAGCAGAAGCGCACCGAGGAAAUCAUCCAGAUAAUCCAGGGCUUGAUCAGUGUGGAUGAGGACGGGGAGCCGUUGAGUCUGCACAGUCUGGACAACGUGGCCAAGCUGGUGAUGGUUUCGCACAGCAUUGCGGCGUUUUGCAGCGGGCUGGAGCGCCCCGUCAUGCAGAAGCUGAGCACGAGGUUCACCACGGACGCCACGCGCUGGAUCAGCCAGAUUUUCGGUUUUCUCGACUCGUCGUCGUUUUAUCACGACGACCACCUCGAGGGGCUGGUCAGAGUGACCAGAAUGAUGCUACAUUACAAGUACCCCCGGUAUCUGGAAGACGGUGCUCUGGCCUUUACUGCCUCGCUCCCAACUAUUUACAGCAGUGUGGCGAGUCCUUUGGUCGUAGUCCAGCACUUGUGUCGCCAGUUGGGGCUUCCCCUAGCCUGUGUGAGGCCCGUGCCGGUCAAUACUCACUUCGGUUCGCAGUACACGAUGGACGUAGCGUCGUUACAAAAAAUGUUAGCUGAUGAUGUUAGCGCCGGUAGGACCCCUUUAAUUGUGAUUGCCGAUGCUGGGACCCCUAUUACGGGGCAUGUUGAUAAUAUUUCGAGGAUUAAGGAGUUGUGUCGGUUACAUGACGCCUGGUUGCAUCUAAGGGGGCACAGUUUGGCCGCCUUGGCGCUGCCAAACUACCAACGCAAUGGCCAUAUCGUCCCAGUUGCUGACAGUUAUACGUUAUCACUCGGUAGUUGGCUGGGAAUCGCCGGCUUACCAAUGGUCACUUUGUAUCGCCUUUGGGAGUCGACCUCGAACCUCAAUCGCAGUAAACAAGUGGGAGCCACCCGUGAAAGUACGCUUCCAUUUCUAGCCGGUCUAAAUAACGACCACCAAGGUCGCCGAAUAUUGGCCUUGCCCUUAUGGGCCGCUUUACAGGGUCUAGGUCGAGACGGGGUGCAUUCUAGGAUAAGGGAUGAUUUUUUGGCUAGUGAACGGCUUUGGGCGGCCUUGGACCGCUAUCGGCACGUUCGAGUUUUGAGCCAAAAACCAGGCGGUGAGAGCGGCACUUACACCGUUUCAGAGCUCAUUUCCAAGCCUGCUAACAUAAACCUGCUUUUCGAGUCGACGGCUUGCUGCGUAGUCUUCCAAUUCACCCCCGAGCUGAGCGAGGGCGAAGUCCUCACAAAAGUGCCUCCCUAUUACGAUAAACUCAACUCCUGGUUGGGCCAAAUUUUGCAAUUGGACGCCCCCCAAGUUCCCGUCGACAUAUGCGAGCUUGAAAACGUCGGUGUCGUGCUACGUUUCUGCCCUUUUGAAAACAUCACCGGUCAACAACCCACCCUUGAGGAAAUCCAAACUUUUGUUCAAUGUCUUGAACAACAGUUGGUAAUUCUCCGAGCGACAAUACAACACAAGGAAACUUUCAUUAAAUUAGUUUCGGAAUCGCCGGUUUUGAAAAUAGUUGAUUUGCCCGACUGGGCGGGGCUUGGCGGUGUUAGAUACGCCCCCGAAGGGUGGGAGCAACUGUUAACCGAUCAGGCAAAGGAGGAGUUGAAUAAUUUGAACAUGGCGCUUGUUGAUUCGCUACGAUCGACCGAUUCGGCGUUUUCAUUGGGUGAGGGGGCGGACGGGUUGAUGUGCGUCCGGUUUGGCAUGUUGACGCCCCAAUCGGACGUCGAGGAGCUGCUUAAUCUAGUGAUAAGGGUGGGACAAUCGGUGGAGGAAAAUUCAAGAGUUUUGGAUUCGAUGGGCGAGAUUGUGAAAAAGGGGAUUGAAACGGCCACCCUUGACCUCCAGAAGGAAAACGAGGAGCGGUUAUGGCAGGAGGGAAUUUUACGACAGGUUCCCGUAGUUGGGACUUUUGUUAAUUGGUGGUCGCCUAAGACUAAAGAGUCGGGAGUAAGGGGGCGGAGUUUGAAUUUGACGCAAGGCGUGGUCGAAUCCACGGAAAACAUCUACAAGUAUCACAUGCAAAUUAGUGGGGCGACGCCUGGGGCGAAAAACCCCCCGACUCCACAGGUCCAGACUCCCAUUGGGGGGAGCCAUUCCAGGUCGAGUAGUCACGCCUCCAGUCAAGGGGUUAAAAUAGAAAAUGAACGAGAGGUUCCUAAAGAUAGUAGUAAGAGGAAAAGUUUGUCACAGACUGAAAAUAAAGUAUUGACGCCUUAAUUUGUUGAUUUAGAGUUGGCGUUGUGUUUUGUUUUUUGUUAUUAAAUAACUCUAAAUUUUUUACAGUAUUAUAUUUUUACCUCGUGUACAUAACUUACAGCUGAGCCCACGGGCUAAUGAAAUAUGUAUUUUGUUUCAAAGCCGUAGUAAUUUAAGAUAGUUUAUAAUGUUUGAGGAGUUUAUUAGGCUUUUUAUUUGUAUUGUUCCAGUUUAUCUUAUUCUAGGUAAAAAGAAUUAGCCUUUAUUCCGCAAUACUGUUUUUAUUACUACUAGAUAGCCUUGUUACUUGCACAUUGAUUCUGAUAAUAUUGUACCAAAGAUGCUUGACAAGCGUUCAUUUUUAAUAAAACAAAUUAUGUCGCAA